UUCUCUUUCUCUCUCUCUCUCUCUCUCUAUAAAAGCCUGCGCUCCGAUACAUUUCUCAAGACAGCAUCAACAAUGGCGAAACAACCAGCUUUCUCGUUCAUUUUAUGUCUCCCAACCAUGCUCCUCUUCCCCCUUCUUUCUGCAGCGCCCAAUACUCCUUCCCUUUCUUCUCCGCCGCCGGCCACCCACGUUUCCGCCCGCAUUCGCCAUUACAAUCACCAUUUGACCAAAUUACACAAACUCAAAUCCUCGCUGUUGGUUCCACGCGAUUCCGUUCCCACUGACGCUCGUGUGUAUCACGUGACCUCCUACGGAGCCGAUCCCACGGGUAAAAACGACAGCACAGAAUCGAUUCUCCGGGUGUUUUCCGACGCGUACGGGUCUACGAGUGACUUGUCUUUGAUCGACGGCGUCAGAAAUCUGGGUGGGGUUCAGAUUAACCUGGAUGGUGGACAUUACUUGAUCAGUCGUCCGCUGCGGUUACCGGGUGCCGGUGUAGGAAAUAUUGUGAUACAAGGAGGAAGUUUGCACGCUUCAGACGAUUUUCCCUCUGAUGGCUACCUCAUCGAAUUGUCGCCUUCGCCAUCAGCGGCAGCGAAAAUAAUGGAGAACGAGAGAGUGAUGAAUUCCGCAGAAGAUGCGUCGCUUAGUUCUUCUACGUCUUACAAUUACGAGUACAUCACUUUCAGAGACCUUCUAUUGGAUUGCAAUUACAGAGGGGGCGGCAUUUCGAUCGUCAAUUCCUUGAGAAUAAGUAUAGAUAAUUGCUACAUCACACAUUUCGCCACCACCGGAAUUUCAGUGCGAGGCGGCCACGAAACCUACAUUCGAAGCUCCUUCCUCGGCCAGCAUAUCACCGCGGGUGGCGAUCCCGGUGAACGAAACUUCUCUGGAACUGGAAUCAGCCUCGUCGGCAACGACAACGCCGUCAUUGACGUCGUUAUUUUCUCCGCUGCAACAGGAAUCUUCAUCUCCGGCCAAGCAAACCUUAUCUCGGGCGUGCAUUGCUACAACAAGGCUACCGGAUUCGGCGGUACUGGAAUAUACUUGCAGUUACCGGGGCUAACACAGACCAGAAUCGUGGAUUCGUACAUGGACUACACCGGAAUCGUGGCGGAAGAUCCAGUCCAACUCCAUAUUUCGAACACCUUAUUCCUCGGCGACGCUGCGAUCACGCUGAAAUCGAUCAACGGAGUCGUUAAUGGAUUGAACAUCGUGGAUAACAUGUUCAGCGGAUCGAACGCAGGAGUGGCGAUCGUACAACUGGACGAGUCGAAAUCUGCAUUCAAGCAAAUAGAUCAGGUGGUGAUCGCGAGGAACAACGUGAAAGGAAUGCAAGUGAAAUCAACAGUCGGAAGCGCGGAAUGGCAGGGAAACGGAACUUCAUGGACUGUGGAUUUCAAUCCCGUUCUGGUGUUUCCGAAUUUGAUUAGGAACGUGCAGUAUUCGUUUCGAAGCACCGACAACGGAUUCCCAAAGCACAUGGUGAGAAAUGUGUCGGAUAAUCGAGUGGUGAUCGAGACGGACGUCGCAGUGUCGGGAAGCGUGUAUGCGAGGGUUGAUCAAGGGCAGAGUUAGACACAUGGAAGAGAGGAAGGUAAAAAAUUUAUGGUUAAUAAUAAGUGAUUACAAAGUAGGCGAAGGAAAAUGUAAAUUGGUAAGAGCGUAGCUUGAAAUUGAUACGCAAAAAGCGUUUGAAA